GCAAAUUUACCGGCUCCAUACGGAAAAAAGCAUUUGUUUGUGUAGGGCGGGGAAUUUUGUGUCUGGGUAGUUGCAGUUGCUUGCCUUGCUGGACACAGUUCAUUGCGGUACCAAAAUGCUGGCAGGAAUCUUCGCCAUUGCUCUCAUUCCCGUGUUGGCCGCAGCCGCCGCACCGGAGGCCAUGCCACUGACCAUGGAGUUGCCGACGGUCUCCCUGUCACAGAAUGUGGGCGGUCGCAACACGACCACCCAGACGAUUCGGCACGGCCAAUCGUACACGAUCGUCUGCACCAAGGACACCGGCUCCGCUUCAUCCAAGGGUUCCGUGCGCCGCCCAGCGCGCAGUGUCCAAAAACCGAAGCCGGCCGCGAAGUCUAAUAACACCGCUAAGCCCUGCCCGACCACGCCCCUUCCCUCCGCCAACCCCCGGCGCGUCCGCCUGGAGAAGGCGGAGUAUGUGCAGCGCGGUUGCCCCAAAAUCGACGUGACGAAGGAUGUCCUGCAGGCGUGCACGGCGGCUUCCCCGGAUCUCUCCACGUGCACCGUGCGCGCCAACGAUCCAUCCAAAACCACCGGCUGCCAGAAACGCCCCCUGACCAUCACCUUCUCCUGCAACGAAGUCCAAAGCGAACCGAUUGUGUGCGGAAUGAUUGUCAACAAUAUGUUCGACAAAUAAGCGCAGUCCACUGGACGAUCAAGCAGGACAUUAAAUUCUGGCAAUAUUAACUUGCUUUUUUCGGUGGUUGCUUUUGUGACGCAUUAGAAACGAACGUAUGAGUGCGACUGCGUGAUUUAACGAGAAGCUCGACAACAGUCCAUAUGAACAGCAAACCAGUCCUGGUGUGUGCGUGUGUGUUGCGUUUUCCUGUUGGUAUCUCGGUAAAAAUAAAUGUCGGAAUAAAGAUCACAA